UCCUAAUGUGUUCAGUAAAACGUGUCCGGAUCGGUGUUUGGGAUUUUUAUUGAACGUUUCAGUGCCUUGAGAAAGUUUACUAAGGCUGAACUCCAUUAUAUUAUAGUUUUAUUUCCUUGUAAAAUACUGUGAUAGAAAAGUAAACAUCUCUGAAAUCAACUGUCUAUCCUAUAAUUAAAUGUGAAUGUACUGUGGUGAAACUGAGGCCUGUUUUUCUUACAUGUGAUCCUUCCUCUUCUGUUGCAGGUUAAAUCCACAUUCAGCCACUAGAUGGCAGCACUGACCUAAGUGACAGCAGCAGCAGCACUUGAUCUGCAGCAGCUACUCAGUGAAAGAGCAGUCAAUUAGCACAUCUUUUAACAGCCUGUCACCUCUAAUGAUAUUUUAUCUCCGUUUAAUUAUGCGGGUGCUUCAGAUGUUAAGAGUCAGCCUUUGCAUAAUUAUCUCUCUGAUCAUUUUUCAGGUCGGAUUCGAUAAAUUUCCUCCGUCUGCAGGUACUGGAAUAACCAAGUUUUUCAUGGUGCUUCCCAGCGGACAGUAAACGGUAAUGGCAGACUCUGAUGCGCAAGAGACUCGCCAAGCCGCAAAAGAGUCGCCGUUCUCCAUCAAGAACCUGCUCAACAUCGACGACAAACCCACCAAGCCCAAAGCCUUCCUGUCCUCAUCCAAAGGAGUGUUCGAAGGCAGUUUUUUCUCUCGUCUCGGUGACUUAUCUUUCCCUCGGUUCGACUUACCCGCACAGAGAAUUGGACUAUCUGCGCAAUAUUUGGAAAGAGCGUCUGCCUGGUGGUACCCGUACACUUUAGGCUCUCAUCUGAGGAGCGCAGGAUGUGAUAAAACAAACCCCAGGGAUGUUUCGCCCAUACCGGACAGACGCUCCCCGGAUCUCCAGAAACAUGAGCAGGAUGGAAAAGAGGAGAGCGCAGAGGACGACAUCACCCUGGAGGAGAGUGAUGUAGAGGAGCCAAAGAAGGAGCUGGAGCAGGAGGAGGAGGAGGAGUGGAGGAGGAAAACAGACGAGCUGGACUCAGACAAGAAGCCCUGCAGGAAGAAGAAGACGCGCACGGUGUUCUCCAGGAGCCAGGUGUUCCAGCUGGAGUCCACCUUCGACAUCAAACGGUACCUGAGCAGUUCAGAGAGAGCGGGUCUGGCCGCGUCCCUGCACCUGACGGAGACCCAGGUGAAAAUCUGGUUCCAGAACCGGAGGAAUAAGUGGAAAAGGCAGCUGGCUGCAGAGCUGGAGGCGGCCAACCUGAGCCAUGCCGCGGCGCAGAGGAUUGUGCGGGUUCCCAUACUUUACCACGAGAACGGGGCCCCGGAAAGCAGCGGGGGGCCUGCGGGAAACUCCCCCGGGGGUCAGUCCCUGCUGGCUUUCCCGCAUCACAUGUACUAUUCCCAUGCGGUUCCACUGCUGAGGCCAGUUUAACCCACUGACUGCGUCCUGAUGCAGAUGUGGACAGAUGUUUUUAAAGCAGAUGCAUUGGAAAAUUAACAGGUUUUUGUAUAUUUUGUAGAUUCAACUGAGACAAUGUUAAGUCACAUCAUUAUUAUUAUUAUUAUUAUUAUUAUUAUUAUUAUUAUUAUUAUUAUUAUUAUUAUUAUUAACCCUCCGGUAUCCAGGUGCGCCUUUUACGCACACUUUGCACUUCGUUUU